AACUUUGUGUGAACAGUUAGGGGAUGGUCCCUUCCUGUUCCAACAUGGCUGUGCACCAGUGCACAAAGAAAGGUCCAUAAAAACAUAGAUGAGAGAGUGUGGUGUAGAAGAAUGUGACUGGCCUGCACUGAGUCCUGACCUCAGCCUGAUAGAACACCUUUGGAAUGAAUUAGAGCAGAGACUGUGAGCCAGGCCUUCCCGCCGCAUCCUUGCCACAAAGGCACAGGGACGCCCCAGGCAGGAUAAACCCUAUUGCUGUGAGGUGAUAGCACUGCAUCACCGUGUUGCCUCCAAUGAAGUUAAUUUUAAAAAUUGUAACAAUUCAACAUUGAAUUUAAUUUCCAAGUCAUCUGGGUUUGAUGUUAAAACCUGAAUAACGCAGGUUUAUUUUUGCACUUUGUGUAAUUAAAAAAAAAUGUGCUCAGCACACUGUUGUUGUACUGUAAUGUAAAAUUAUUUUUUUGUGUGCAUUUGUUCAAUUAAUUGUAUGACCAUGUUUGUAUGUGUUUUCGACCUGCACAAGGUGAUGCCACAAGGUGGUGCACUUGUGGUACUUUGAGUUUAUUUAUAUUAAAUGUAUGGGGGGGAAACAUCUUACAGCUAUGCGUGUGUUAAGCUAUACUUGUCUGUAAUUUGCAUGUCACAAUUAAUAAAUUUUUCAAUUUAAACACAUAAAAUAAUUAUUGUAGCCCAUCUUUCAGGUUAGAAGACUGAAAACAAAUUAUAUUGUGCAUGUAAUGUCACAUGAUCUACUUUGCCUUCUAGGGCUAUGUAGAAGGUGUGUCUAUGAAUGAGAUUUGACUCAUGAGGAGUCAGAAACACCAGUAGUUAAGUCAUAGAGAGGAAGCAGGUUAAUUUUUCAGCUUUUUCUGUGAUAUAAUCAGUUACAUUUCUGACAACAAGAAACAGCAACAAAAGAUGUUGGAAAAUACAUUAGUGGAAUAUAUGGAUACAUCUGACACCCCUUGGUGCUGGUAUUACCUUGCUGACUGUGGACAGUGGCACCAGUUUGAGGAUGACCCCGAUCUCCCCUUUAGCAGUGAGGCUGUUGAAAAUUUUUACCUGAAAAACUCCAAGGCUGUUUUAAACACAUCAUCUUUCAGUUACAGGGGCCAGAUUGAUUUCUCUGCGAUGCUACUGACAGACCUCACCACAGGGAGGCAAAAAAGAAUCAGGAGAAGCUACAACACAGAAAAAAGGUGUUCCUGUUUCAGCCUCGCUCCUGUUUUCUGGGAAUCGUUUGAUCCGGAAUCGCCAUACCAGUUAAUCCCUCUGAGUGAGCACUCCCCCGAGUAUUGGACAGUGAAACAUUAUGUAAAGACCGAUGGGCUGUUGGACAGAACCAUUCUGUCAAUCAACAGGAUACAGAAUUUGGAUCUUUGGGAAUUAUAUUGCAGGAAAAAGAAACAGCUGAUGAGGAUUCAAGGCAUCAAAGAAAUUCAAGAGAAACAACUCUUUCAUGGGACUGAUAUUAAAAAUGUGGAUUAUAUUUGCAAGUAUAACUUUGAUGUACGGUUAGCUGGACAACAUGCCCACGUAUUUGGCAAAGGAAUUUAUUUUGCCAAACAUGCAGCAUUAGCCGACGUAUACAGUAAGAGCAGCUUGGAACCACUGCCAGUUUAUGGUGGGAAAGCACAACUUGUACACUCUAAAAUUAUAUUUUUGGCUCGGGUGAUGACUGGAAAUCCAAUUGCUGGAGAACCUGAUUUUCAAAAACCCGAUCAUGAGAAUCCCGAAAACUUGCAUGACAGCUGUGUUGAUGUUGUCAAUCAUCCUAGAAUUUUUGUCAUUUUUGAUCCAAAUCAAAUAUAUCCAGAGUAUUUGAUUCAGUACAGCUGAGCGCAACAUGUGCAAGAUCAACAUGGCUACCUCAAACAGUACAUUUCAAGCACAACUCCUGAUGGCUUCGAUGAAGUUUUUACAGCAUUUGUACUACAUUUUAAACAUUUUUAGAAAAGUUUCCAGUAAACUAGGUCGUUUUCAGCAAGAUAAUCUGUCAGCAAAGUUAUCGUUACAUUUC